CAUUUGACUACUGCAAACACUAGACGUCUGAAAUGGCGAAAGAAUUCUGAAAUUUCCUUGCAUGAUCACAUCGUUAUUGCAUCAAAGUUUAUCCAGAUUCUACCAACAACAUUGUGUUGCUAUUUAAUAUCCGGUUUAAGAGAAGGCUAAAAUGGUGCCAAGUUUCAAUCGAAUACUUUCAUUUUUGGUUUCUCGUUUGUUGUUCAUUUUUUUCUUACGAAAAUGGAAACGGUACACUUCUGCAUUUUUUAUGGCUUGCGUAAUCUUUAUCGUGUACAUCCAUUCAGAAAGAACCAGUCUAGUCAACUUUGACAUUGAAGAUGAUCUCAUCUACCAGCAGAUCUUCAAAGAAAAACGAGUGAGUGCGUUGGCUUCGUUGAAGGCCGGGAUCACUGUCCACGUCAGUAUGUUACUCCUGUUCAUCAGCAAUGACCCUCAUGCCUCAGCCAAGUAUGUAUUCAUACUGUUUGGAAUUCAAAGCGAUUUUUUUAUUUUCAUGACUUUGUAUAUCACCAGUGCUAAGGACACGAUCAUGUGGAUUUUAGUGCACAGCACCGCACCCAUCCAUUUCCACAUUUUAAGCGACAGCAACAGCGUCGCUGUGAUCGACACUAUCAUGACGCGGGUUGAACGCCGAGCCGACUGUCGCUUUGUUUACACCACUGAGUUAAUUGACCACAUCUACGAUCAGCUGCUGGAUCAUUUAAAAACGAAUGUACCGAAUCUCAAGAUCGACGCAGUAAAAGACCACGUGGCAACUCAGAUGUUGCCGCUUGUUUUGCCAUGGCACUACUACAACCAGGAUCGCAUGAUAUUCGUCAGCAACAACAUCAAAUUCAGGGCCGAUAUCGUCGAAUUGUACGAGCAUUUCGACCGUUUCAAGCCACAACAAGGGAUUGGAUUGACGUUGUUACAAGACGCUAAAUUCGCAGCGGCUUUUUCAGUUCAUCGUUACUUGCAACCACAUUCUAAUUUGGGUCUCUCACCUCCUCAUGGCUGGCCGGGAUUCAACACUGAGUUAAUGCUUCUCAAUUUGAAAGAGAUGCGUCAAUCGCAUCUUUUUAAACGCUAUCUAGAUUUGGAAAACCAGUUUCCUAUACUGACGAAAUACGAUUUUAAAAGCCGCAACGUAUUACCCCAAAUGGACGAAUGGUUAACAUUGGUCGGUGUCGAAAAACCAGAAUUUUUCUUCACCCUGCCAUGCCAAUGGAACGUUCAACAGAUUAUGGAUUCUGACGCUUUCGAAUAUUGCCGUAGCGACAUCAAAGCCAUGGCGUUUAACAGUUGAGAAACGAAAACGAUUUUUUUCCUCACCGAAACGCAAAUAAAUCAAGAGAAAUUGACUUACCUAAA